AGGUUUGUUUUUCUAUAUCCGAGCUGUCAUCAGUCACUUAGAAAUCAGAACGUAUUUGGAAUAUUUUGUGUAGUACUGUUGUUAAGACACAAAUUUUGGUAUAAUAUGCCAUAUAUUACCUUUACGAAUCUAACUUAUUAAUACAAGUCUACUGCAGCGACUGAUGGCACCAGGCAUUGGAGGUAAUGGUAGCGGAGGUGGUGGAGGGCGCCAGACAGGGACAGUACCCAAGACAAAGUCACACAACGAGUCCACGCGCGAGUACAAUGGUGCUUCUAGACGUGACUACCAACACUUCAACCACAUGCCUAAUAAUCUGAGCUCCCUGGACUGGCAGCCUGUUAAUGACUCCCUGCCUCACACACGUACGCGGAAGGAAUCCAACACAUCUGCUUCACGAUACUCUGAGUUUGAUGCAGAAGAGAACACGGUGUCACAGGACAAUCUGUGGUUCAACUCGGCUCAGCGCAGCCAGGCUUACAACAGUGACGAUGACGAGGUCUCCCAGGCCAGCUGGGCCGAGAACAGGUACAAAAGUAACAACCUAGGACUGCCCGACAAGUCUCAAGUAGCCACCAGACUGCACCAGAUCCGGGACUACGUGAGCCAGACCAUGAGCAUGAUGGACAGUCUGAGGGCAACCGGCGGGCAGCGUAACAUGGCCCAACACAAUAAGUUGGCCAACAUGCUGGAAGGGUUGCGAGACAGCGAGUUGAAGCUCCAGACCCUGUACGAGAGACUACAACGCAUCCCCCCUCCCCCCAACACUGAGGGAGAUCCGGAAAGUUUUUCAGCUCACCAGAUGUUGGAAUCACCUCGAGAAAGGGCUAAUAAACCUGGCCAGUCAACAUCAAAACCAUCGGAGACAGCAAGGCGGAAUGAGCUGAAAAAGCAAGUUCAGGUGUCUCAGCUAAAGCUGCAGGAGCUCCAGGAGCAGCAAGCAACGCUGAAGGCUCUGAGACAAAAGGCUCAGGAACAGCUUAACGAGGCAAGGGCGGCUCAGGGAGUUCUGAUGUCAGCUCACGGCAUCAAUCCAGACAAUAACAUUCAAGAAAGGCUACAAAACCUUCAUCGGUUCUUUGAUGCUAGGCAUCAGCUGGUCCAGGUAGUACAGGGGCUAGACGAGGAGGAGUUGGAGACCUGUGAGAUGCAGAACAAGUUGGAUGAGCUACAAGCCAAAAAACAGCACAUGGACCAGUUGCUUGCUCAGUUCUCUAAUAACGUUUCAGAAGAUCUGUCAGCGGAGGAGUGUGAGAGAGAUGUUGAGAACAAGAUGGCGGAACUGAAUGCAAUGAGAGACACCUUGGCUAUCCUGCAGAGUAACAUUUCAGCUCAGCUUCAGCCUCAGGCUUCUCAGGAGCGAAGUGUGAAGAAAGAGCCUCAGUCUCGCGCGUCUGUGGAGAAGUCCAACACGACUACUGGGCAGACUCUGAUGGCUAAGACUCAGCAGCUCCACGAGGCCAAGGCCAAGCUGCAACAGCUGCAGAAUCUGCUGCGGACUGUGGAGGAGCUGCGGGAGUCAGGCCAGCCAGUACCAGACUCUAUCCUGCAGCUGAUGGGCAACUCCCAUCUGAGUGACCAUAGUUCUAGCCCUACACAUCCUGACAGGUCGGACAUGUCAUCACAAGAACUGAAUGUCACUCAGCCAGUGGGUGAGCGGCUGGUGAACGCAUGUGAGCGCAGUGAACUAUACUCUGAACGUGGCUGUCGCUCGCUCAACUCUUGUGAGCGUGAGAGAGUCAACCAUCAGCUGCCAGCCAAUGCUGCCAAACACAAUAACCAAGAGGACAAGCUGGGAACAAAGAUGCAGCUAGAGGAACUCUUGCGAAAUCAAGACCUGAACAUCUCACAACCCCUCCAGAGCUCCAGUUUCCAAGAGAACAGCACCACCACAGGCACUUGGGGCAGUUCUACACAAGGCACCAGCACCAUGGAUGACAACUUCAAUCUGGAAUUUGCAGGGGACCUGAACGAGUCAGCCAGCAUUAAGAAUGCCACCGGAGCUGUCCAGCCUCACAAUGUUUGGAGGAAACCUUCCACAGGGAGUGGAACAUCACGACUCAGUUGGACAUCACCAUACGUACCGCAGGACGUGAGGAGGCAACAGCACUCGGACACAGGAGCUCGGCCACGCACCUCACCACCACCUCCUCACUCCCCACCUACAACUCGGCCACACCCAUCGGCAGACACAACCCUUCAGCCUGACAGCCAUUGGGUUGUUCAGCAGAUCAGUCAGUUGCAGAACCAGCUGCAGCAGAUGACAGGGCUUUACAAGAACUUUGUGGAGAAGCAGCACAACUGCCCUCCCCCCUGGAUGGGUCCCUCCAACAUGCCAACUGCUCUAGGUCCGUAUUGCCAGUAUAUAGCAUCAGCCACUCAGUGGCAGCAACAGCAGUUGCUCGUCCACUCUCUCAACCAGUGUUGCCAACUGAUCUGGCACCAACAGCGUGAAUUAGCAGCUCUGAAAGAGGCUCUCAGAUUGUUACAGCAACCUCAACAAGAAGGUCACUUCCCAACUCAGACAGACGACCCGAGUUCCCCCCACUCCAAUCUACGAUCAACGCAGCAGCAGUCUCGUCACGUUGCACUCAAGCCCUCCCUGAGCGCUGGGCCGUCACUCGCUCCCCCUACCGUUGUCUCGAGCGCUCAUUCCCUCCCCAACCUGGCCUCCCCCCAGACCACCCCUACUUCACCUACGCCUCUCAACAACCGCAACCUCCUCUCGUCCCCCACCGCCACUGUCCUGUCCCUCCCUACUACCCUCAACAAUGCUCCUGUCCCGGCUCCCACCCAUAACCCUAAUCUUUUUUUCAACCACAGUUCCCAAUUCACAGACCCGAAUUUCAUAAAUCUAUAUCCGCCUUACGGAAACAAUCUCAAUUUUGAGUUUCCCUCCCCAGUUAACUUCUUUCCCAAUCCUCCAGAACCGUUUCUGACAUGGGCCUCCUCGCAACCCCAGCCUACCACCACGCUCAAUAACCAGGUCCCUCCUGGCAAUAGGGCAAACAACUAUUGGGACAAUUUCCGAAGCUAUUCUAGACAGAACCUGCUGAGCAACAGCGGUAAGAGCAACGAUGGACUGCCACAGCCUCAGGCGCAACGGACACCCUUGGAGAGGUUCCUGAACACGGACACCCACCAGCCUCCUGUCAGAAGCCGAAAGGAACGACUCAACGCCCAGAACCGACAGACUGACAACCUCUUGCUGUCGGGAGCUCCACUGCUGCCCCCUCCGGAGACUGUGGGGGAUGAGGGUGACCUGGGUGAGGCUAGUGGCUAUCAUCCCCACUUCCCCUUCCAGCACAACCUGUGUGCGGAGCCCACUCCCUCACUUGGUGAAAGCAAGACGCAAGUAAGGCAUCAGGUGUACUCACCUCACAGUUUCCAGCACAACGUGUGUAACGAGACAGAGUCACAGUCAUCACGGCUGGUGAACCACUGCGAGGCUCCCCGUGGAGCCAACAAGAGGUGUCCUGUGGAAGGAGACAGGAAGGCGGCAGUGAACAAGCGGAACUACAUCGAGGUGACCCCGAGAGAAGCUAAGAUCAGCCAACUGAACAACUAUCACACAGAGAGUAACUGCGAGGCCAACGCGGAGGCGGAACGACCUAUCAACCUGGAGUGUAGCCCGCACGCACGGCGUAACCCACGCAACGUCAACUGCGAGGGCAACGAUGGGCACUGUCUUAUGGCCUGUGACAAGGGAGUACGCAGGAAAGACAACAAGGGGAACGUCGCUAAGGAGUGCAAGACUGAAGUCAAUGGUGGCGGAGACUCGCUGGAGGAGUGUGUGUACUCGGAGGUGGCUGCGUUGAUCUCUGUCAACGAGUGGCGGCCACAGUUUCUGUUGCAGUUGUUCAAGGACCUGCGGCUGCUCAGUUCCUGUACUGACCCCAACAUGCAAGCGGCUCUGUCCUCGAUACACACAUUGGCAGCCAGAACUUCUCAGGAAGAGCGAGGAGGUAUGAACGAUGAGGCUGUUAACAAUCAGAUGGGACUGACGGAGUGUCUGCUGGACAAUCCUGGACAACAACCUCGCAACUGGAGUCACAAGGAGGCACCGCCACAGCUACCCACGAACUGUGCCAAACUGGACUGGGAAGUGCGCAGUAUCCUGGUGGAAAUGCUGCCAUUCAUAAAGUCCCAGCUAUCAGAGGUGUGCGGUCCUGCCUUACUUGAGGCCAUUCGCAAGCUGAUCCUGCACCUGGUACCCUCUCAGUCCACCCAGGAGCAGUUAGAUGCACAGUUGGAGGAUGCCCUGCACAAGUUCCAUGGCUGCAGACUGGGGGAUGUGUACGAGGAGCUGCUCACUGUAGUUGCAGAUGUCCUGAUCAGUGAAUUGACUUUCCUGCGCCUUGUGAACACAGUGCAUCAUGCUUCAGAUCAACCGAAUGGAGAGGAAGCUGUAGAAGAGGAGGAGGAAGAGGGAGCAGUGGGGGGAGAGGUGGGAGAUCCCUUACCUCCAGCUUUACUGAUAAUGCAUCCGGCCAACCAACCUCGAAGAGCUAAGAGCGAGACAGUCUCAGAAGCCGAUCUGGCUGAAGCUGACCAAUCACGGCACACGGGCAGUGUGGGUGAAGAGGAGAGAGGGGACACAGCCGAGGGCACUGACCAACUGGAGGAAGAAGAAGCCAGUGGACGAGACCUGGGUAUGGGCAACUGUAAUGGAAACAUUGCGACUGAAUCUAAGACUGAGGCCAGUUGGGCAGUGGAACAAGACAGAGAGUUGGGGCUGGACCAGGUGCCAACGAGACUACACGACCCAACCUGUCCGGAGACUGAGCAGGACCACUCCAACCCUGAUCCUAGUCCAAUAUGAUGGUUCCGUCUUCUGCAUCUCAGGGUGUGCUCCUUGCUCUAACCUGACGACCGGCUGCAAUAUAUUAUUUUUGUUAUUUUAGUGAUUGUUUAUUUUCCAUAUAGUAUAAUGUGCCUUUAUACUGUUAAAUUAUUAGUAGUAACUAACUUGCCCCCUCGCUAUGUAUUUUCUCCUCUUAUCUGCUAAACCGGUAUAUUUAGUAAAAAAGACAAACUAUUAAAAAAUUAUUAACUGGUAGCUGUCUACUCAGUUCAUUGUUAAUAGAUACUUAUUUUGUUAUUUAUUUAUUUAAACUUGUAUAUGUACAAUCUGGCCUACAAUCUUACUUGUCUCAUAUAAUGAUGUGUAAUAAAUGGAUAUUCUCUUUU